UAUAUCGAAAAAGUCGUUGAGGGUUUGAUACUCAUAUUUCGUUCGACCUGCCUUCUUCUUCUCUCAAGUAUGAGCUAACUAAACUGUCUACUUUCUCAUCCCAAUUUAAUAGAAUACUCGGGCGGCAUGUCGGAUAAAGAGAAACCAACUUCAACGGUGCCCGGUGAUGCACACAACAGUGGAAAUGAUUCCACGACACCCUCCUUUUCCUCCACCACCACCGCACCAGCUGAAGAUAGCUCUGCUGACGCUGGAUCGAAGGAUUCUCAAGCGACAGCGGAGACUUUUUCGGCCCCCAAAGAAGUCUCGCAAGAGUCGGACCCAGAGAAGGAGGCGACCUCGUCUCCAGCCCACGGCCAGAACCCCUCUUCCCAGGAGAAGCAGCAGUCAUCAGGCGAGCGAGAAGCCGAGCCCGGAGCAACGGGGUCUUUCAACCAGACAAAUACCAAACCAACACUGGGCUCAGGCGCCCUCAGUUCCCUGCUAUCCGCGCUCGGUGGCGAUAUUGCAUCACCUACCAAACCGAAGGCCCCCGAGAUCUCGACAGAUGGGAGUCGUCAGACGCGCAACACAUUGCUAGUUCCAAUCGUUCCCGAUACAGAAAUUGUCAGCCCCCUCGAGCUCACGUCUUCCGCCACUCGUACACAGUUCCAGCCGUCGACGCCAACACCAGCAGCCUCGCGACUCCUCCAGGGGGAUUCCGAAUCGGUAGUUGAAGGCUUUGUAGAAAAGGGAUAUAUUCCUAGUCGAAAUGUCAGCGAGGGAACAAACACUACUACGGAUAAUUCUACUCGCUCUCAACAUGAUCCCAGUCCUGAGGCUGAGCCUGUGCUCCAGGCAGUCACUAAUCGUCCCUUGUACUCUCAGUCGACCGAGGAAGCGUUCGACUCGCAACCGAUGAGUGCCGUGCUUGGGAAAGCAACCAGAAUCUCUCUUCAACGCCCUCUUCCGAUAAAGAUUGACCCGAGUCGCGAAGACGCCAGACACGGCAGAGGCAACGGCGAAGGUGAAUAUUACCGCCCUCUCCCACCGUCAGAAGUCUUGCAGAGAACGGAAUCCCCUUCACCUGCGUCCGUGAGACCUUUGACACCGAGGGGGCAAGUGGCAGCGCGUGAGAGAGAGAAGAGAGAAAGAGAGCGUAACGACACCCAAGAAGCGGCAGACGAGCGACUGCCAUAUCCUGAAGAUUCCAUGGAAAUCCCAGCCCCGAGACGUUGCCGACCCGAGUCUUCCCAAACAGCCACGUCUCCUGGAAUGAGCCGCGCCCGAGACCGAGACGUUUCCCCUGCAUCACCGCUCAUCCAUACUCCCACGCCGACUCGACCCGGUGAAAUCACAGGUUUCAUAAGGUCCAACGAGCCGGUCUCGCCCUCUACUCCCCUCCAUAACCAACGACGGCACGGCUCCCGAUCAUCGUCAACAGACACCGUAGUCCAGCCUCCGCCCCCAAUCCAUAACCCCCAACGCCGCCGCACGCAUCAGCAGCUCCCUGCCGGUCUAGACGCAUACAACGCCGAACCAGACCGCUCCGGCGCGGGGUUUACCCUCCGCCGGAUCAAAGUCCCGCCCCCGGGUGCCCCAAACCGCACGCACAUCUUCGUCCGCCCGCAGCCCCUCCCCGGCGGCGACGAGGAGCGGAGAAUGAUCAUACAAGUCUGGAACGACACGUUCGCGACGAUGCCCCCCGAGUUCCAGUCGAUGCUCUCGAGCCGUCUCCGGUACCCGGGCUACACGCGCGACGUGGCGGCCCGGCUUCGCAAGGACGAGUUUGAAAAGGCGACGGGGGAAAGCAUGUCCUCGGACGAUUACUACGCACUCUUCGACCUCGAGACGUCCAACGACGGUAUGAUCUCCGCACUGCUCGAGUGGAUGCAGGGCCGGACGUGGGUGAAGGUGCCUUUUGUCAACCGGAUCAUUCACCAGCUGUGCCGGCUGAUGUAUACCUCUGCGCAGGAGGAAGCUCGGCUGCGGCUUACAUUCCGACUAGAUAUGGACGCCGUGAUGGAGAAGCUCGACGAGGUGGAGGUCAAGUGCGCGGCCGAGAGGAUGCAAAGAGCCUGGGAGCGGAUGGACGUGUCUGUGAGGCGGCAGCACACGUUUAUCGAGCAGACUCUCACGCGGAACGACAAUCACUGGGGUCAUAUCCCCGGCGUGGUAGUGAUGACGCGAUGCUCUAGAGAUGCCAGUCAAUGGGACGCGUUCUUCGAGAAGGCACGCGCGCUCGCGCUCGACCAACGAGAGAUUGAGGAGACCAUUGUGAAUAGAAUCAACGAUAGUGGGGAGAUUCUGCAAGAAGAUCUCGAGCGGCUGAAGCGCAUCCUCAUGGACGUGACGAAGAACAACAGGGAAGUGAACGAGUACGUGGGCGCCAGACAUCCGGGGGACCAGGUGCAGCCCAUGUUCCAGAUCGACAACAAGGACCUGGUAGAAUGUCUCCGUGUCUACAGCGACCAAGUCAAGCUUGAUAACGAUGAGCGUAGGUCUGCCGUCAUUGCCUUUUCCAAGAUCGCGACAGAGCGGCUGGAGGUGCGCCAGAGGUAUGCUAGCAGCUUGGAGUAUACUGCGCCAAACCCUCCCGGAUCUACUACGCUCGCAGCCGGUUUCCAGCCCCAGCCCCAGCUGCCGCCUAAGAUACUCGACAAUCAUCCGCUGCGUUCAGCUCCCAUAGAAAUGAGUUUUGUUGUUCCCGCGGUGGCCAUCCCAUCAGAGGCGGCAGCAUCCGAAGUCACCGCAAUGCAGGAAACCCCGCCUCCCCGCGAUAGGGUCAGAUUCGUCUUGAGCCCUAGAGGUAGCCGGUUCGUAGAAUUCAUGGACACGGCGGUGCCUCCUGGGUCAAGUCCCGUCUUUAAAGAUCCAUUUACCAAGACCUGGAAAAGGCUCGAUCUGACAAGGCCAGAAUGCCUACGGUGUUCCACGCUGGAGCGGGAGAUCAGCUCCAGACUCAUGGAAAUCAAGGAUUACUGCCGCAUACUAGCGCGCAGGUUGGACGAAAAACUGAAGCUAGAGACCGCGCUCGAAGCCGUGAGUUAUCGCGAAAUCAGAGAAGCGGUGGAAGCCAUUCACAACUACAGGAGGCUGUUGGAACGCCCAGAGGUUCCCGAAUCUCUACAGUGCACCGCGGACCUCUUGGAGAUGCACGGAAAGCGAGCAGCCGAUCAGGUCAGCCUGCUGGAGAUAUCCCUGGAGCUGGGGCAAGCUGGCGAUUCGACGGACAAGGUGCUAGCGGAAUUGAGGACGACGAUUAGAUCUGUCAAACGACUAGCCGCCGCUGCGCUCGAGCUCAAAGCACAAAUGGAACUUUACCUCGAGAAACCCUACCUCAAGGCAGGCAACCGAUCUAGCUCGGGCGACGACAAGGCCCUAAAGAAUGAAAAGCAAAACCGCUUGAUCAAGUCGUUGCAAUUGCAAGUUCGAGAAUUGUCAGAACAGACCAAGCGCGGUUUGGAACAACAAGCAACAGAGAAACUUAAGCUCGCGCACGCCGUCGAGCUACGCAUGAGGGAAGAGAGUGAUCGCCUCCGAGAACAAGUUCGAACUUUCCAGAGUAAGCUUGAACAUAUGCAGGCCGAGGCCCAAGAACGAGAACAGGACUCGAAUUCAGAGCAGACAACGUCGGACAGACUGAGAGAACUCAACAGGGAACGAGAGACACAAGAGACGGAACUUCGCAAUCUCGAAGCCCAAAACAACGCUUUGGAGGAGCAACGGCAGAGAACCUCGGAUAAGCUCGAAGCUUUGGAGAAGGCCAAGAAAGAGAGCCAAAACGAACUGGCAAAACUUGCACGACAGACCCAAGAGCUUCAGAUCAAGCUUCAAGCUAAGAGCGAAGCGGCCAAGUGGAUAUCGUACAUGACUAUUCCAAGAGCUGUUGGUGACGCCAGCCCCGAUGCUCAGCAGACUGAUAGAGUCUCUCAACUGCGGACGGAGUUGAUGACUGCGCUUGGCAAGGCACGGUCAGAAUCUUAUCGCAUAUUCGGAGACCAACAAACUAGAAAGACUUUGCCAGAUUUCAUGCAGAGUAUUUUAUGGCCCGACGCCAAGGCAAAGGAGGGCACCAGCGCAGAUGUGCCCAACUUCUGGAGGCUAGCUGCUUUCGUGAGAAGGAGAAGGGAAGUCAUAGCAGCACUCGAACAGAGGAAUCCGCAGAGCUUGCAGAGAGCAUUCAACUUGCUUGAAGGGCUCCACGAGUGGAAUAGCAACUUGGGUGCUUGGCAGACGGAAGCCCAAACAGCGGAAGUUUGGCGGUCCAUCAACCUUCUUAGAUCCUAUGCCAAUCUUGAACUCGGGAAGAUCGAAGGGCUCGACGCUAAUGCUUCAGAGAGGCGCAAUGUCGCCGGGGAGUUGUUCCAACAAGCGGUGGCUUCCGAAGACGCAGGAGAGAUCAAGAAGCCAUGGAAUUCCUUGCAAAGCAGUCUGGAGGAACAGUUGGAUGAGGAUGCUGACGACGCGCCCGCUUGCGACUGCAAGUUUAAACCUCGCCUUUGCCCAAAGCACCAUAGCGACGGUAAACUCAUGUUCCAUAACUUUAUGGAGGCGGACGGUUCGAGGCAGGCGGAAAUGGAGUUGACGCAGGAGGCGUCCGAAGUGCUUCAGCGAUUUGGACAGACGUUCAAGGUAUCGUCGCCAGUGUAGGCUCGCGCAACAGCGGAGGCAUCUGGAAGAGAGAUUGCGUAUGCUCUGACUGGAGUUCUGCAAGAGGAGGAUGAUCUGCAAAGCGGUUUUGAUGUCGGGUUGGCCCCAGAAAGAAGCAAAUGAGAGUGCAUACCGGAUGCUUGUUUGUUGAUACCAUCGAUUUGCAGUCUACCAAGACUUGGCUGCUAUCGCCGCGUGGUGUUAGUUCCUUGUUUCCAAUGUUGAGAUUCUGUUUCUAGAGUUAGAGUCGAGAGUUGAAGUGGCGUGUCUCUGCAUCCGCGCGGCCAGCUGAUUCAUGUGUUUCCCCGUUGACCAGGGCAGCGAAGUAUGUUGAUGAAGGCGGCCUCAAGCGAACGUUGGAAUCUGCCAAUGACGAAUGCGGAAGUGUGUGUCGUUUAGGUUGACGUCGGUAGUGGUGGGCAGGCGAG